AUGGUGAGGGUGGAUCUUCCAACUGUCGGAAGAGCACGUUACGUUAAGAGGUCUUGGAGAGCUUUAUGGUCAGACAUUGAUUUUAGUGUCCGUUUCUGUAAGGAGAUUCUUCCAAUUACCUGCUAUUUAGUGUGCAUGAGGUUGCAAUCGAAACUCCUCAUUUUGAAUCCUCAGACCGGACAACAACGUAUGAUUCCUGGACCAUUUUGUCCUGCAUUUGUGGAGCAUUAUUGGAAUGCCACUUUCGGUUAUAUUGAUUCUAUUGGCAUAUACUGCAUUGUUGCUUUAAGGCAAUUGCCAAAUGGAAGAAUGCAUGCUAAGUAUUUGUCUUGGAUGCCAUAUGAAUCCCUCAAUGGGGUCGUUUAUGGGUCUUGGCAAGUCAUCUAUUCCUUAUGUUCUCGUGUUGUUCUGCCUGAAGGCCUUUUUGUUGGUGACACAGUGUAUUGGUGCAUCAACAAGCUCAUCCAUUGGCCAGUUAAUCAAAUCAACAGAAGGGAACUUCUUAUAUCUUUCAGUUAUUUAACCAAAACAUUUAACAUUAUCCAGUGUCCAGAUGAUGAACAUUGGAAGACCUAUCCUUAUGGUUUCUACAAUAAUACCAAGCUUUUGAAUUUAAAGGGCAAACCGUGUGUAGUUGAUGAAGAAUUUAUAAGUUUGACCGGCCUGUUUCAAGUGUGGGAAUGGACAAAUGAUGGUGACGAAAACUUGGUGUAUCAUUGGCGUAAUUUACAUACUGUGAUGCUAGAUUUUACUGCUCCGACGUUACCUGGACCGAUGCUUGGUCCAUUUUUACGUCAUUGGAAGCGUCCUGUAUUUGUUCGUGCAAAGUCAUCAGACGAGGGAGACUUUGUUGUGUCCGGCCCUGAUCGGUAUCAAUUUUACAUUUAUAGUCCUCUCAAAGCCAGAUUUACUUUGAACGUGAAGCCAGAAAUCAUGCAAGCAUUGGACGAGGUAGCCACUGGUUACUUCUGGCGUAGUUUAGUGGGCAUUUAAGUUAUGGGUGCCAUGUUAGG